GCUUCGGGUUCGCUUUUUGUUGAUCACUUUCCGCCUAUGCCAGCUUCUUCUGGGAGUUCCGCACUUUCGGGACUAGCGACUGGUCCGCCAGCAGAACACCUGAGAUAUUCGUCGGAGGGAAUAAAUUCAAGCACUAGUUGUAGUGCACCAAAGCGACCUGGAGGUUCUUCGUCAUGGGAAUUGGGGCCGAAGCCUGCUUCCUCAUCAUGGGAGCAACCACUACAACAGGUUUUGCGGAAGGACCGUAGAAGAGAUGGCACAAUCGAUGAAGACAUCGAAGCUAGGGUACAGAAAGUGAGAGCCGACUUCAACAGUGGAC